UUGGUUGUAACUGAGGGGAUGGAGGGCGCCUUUCGGUCAUAAUUCGUUCGUACUAAAGAUGCUGCACUCCUUAACUCACACACACAAAAAUCAUUCCUUCCUCCCUCGCCCUGUAAGUGUAUACUCGUCAGACGUCAUGAAACGUCAUCAGAAGUGUCCACUUCAUUUGAGGGUUGAGGGGAUAGGGUGUGUCUUUUAAGUGUUUGGACUGCAGACACACAGAACUGCCCGAUCGUUUUUUCCAUCAUGGCUCCAUCCGCAGACAGGCUGGGAUACUGGGGGCGGCCAACCUCAACGCUAGAUUGGUGUGAGGAUAAUUAUGUCGUCUCUUUCUACAUCGCAGAAUUCUGGAACACUGUCAGCAACCUCAUUAUGAUCCUGCCUCCCAUCUACGGUGCCAUCCAGACGUAUAAAGACGGCCUAGAGUUCCGCUACGUCUACUCUUUUCUGGGACUGGCAGAACUAAUGUCACUAUCUGCAUUCUCUUUUUUCUCUUUUUUCCCCCAGGUGUAUUUACAAUGGAAAGAGCCAGUAUUUCACCAGGUCAUGUAUGGUGCGCUUGUAGCCUGCUUGGUGAUGCGUUCUAUCUUCAUAGUUACAUGGGUCUACCCCUGGCUCAAACCUAUGUGUUACAUCUCCCUGAGUGUCUUCCUGCUGGGGUUCCUGUUGUGGAACAUUGAUAAUCUGGCAUGUGACUCACUCAGAUCCACCAGACAGAGAUUGCCCCCUGUUGUUGGGGCGGUGACACAGUUCCAUGCCUGGUGGCACAUCCUCACAGGCCUGGGCUCCUACCUACACAUACUCUUCAGCCUCCAGAUACGGUCAAUCUACCUCAAACACAGACCAAAAGUAAAGUUUAUAUGUGGAGUGUGGCCCAUGUUGCACAUGGAGGCUCAGAAGACAAGCUGAGUGGCUGGGGACCAUGAAGGAGGGUGACUACCAUACAACAGGCAUCAGCAAUGGGACCUGACCUGCCAGUCUGCCAACUCCCCCUCUGCUGUCUCUGGGACACAUACUGUACACCCCACUACCAGAGGUCUGGCAGGUCACCCCCCAACCUACCACUCCAGGGACCCUUUUGUUUCACACUGUGUGGAUUUGCCAAGUACAGCAAUAUGAUAUUUUAGCAUAUUCACAAACCAUAAUAAUGUCAAAUGGUCAGGUUGAGCUGGCUGUAUUUUUCAUUGGUUAUGUUUAGACCUGGGAACUGGUUUAUACUACCCUAUUUUUUUUCAACAUAAAUGAGCAGGCGCUCUUAUCCAGAGAGACAUAAGCCUUCCGCAUGCUUUGGUUCGGCUGAUGUUUAGCCGAACAAGUGUUCAUAUACUCCCUUAAAAGACCUUCGCUUGAGCCCCCCGAGUGGUGCAGAGGUCUAAGGCAGUGCUAGCUGUGCCACUAGAGAUCCUGUUUCGAGUACAGGCUCUGUCACUGCUGGCCACGACCGGGAGACCCAUGGGGCGGUGCACAAUUGGCCCAGCGUUGUCUGGGUUAGGGGAGUGUUUGGCCGGCUGGGAUGUCCUUGUCCCAUCACACUCUUGCGACUCCUGUGGUGGGCCGGGCACAUGCACGCUGACACGGUUGCCAGGUGUACAGUGUUUCCUCCGACACAUUGGUGCGGCUGACUUCCGGGUUAAGUGGGCAUUGUGUCAAGAAACAGAGUGGCUUGGCUGGGUCGUGUUUCGGGAGGACACACGGCUCUCGACCUUCGCCUCUCCCGAGUCUGUAUGGGAGUUGCAGUGAUGAGACAAGACUGUAACUAUCAACUGGGGAGAAAAAGAGGUUUAAAAAAAUAAAUGCCCUUCGCUUGAAAAAAGCAGCAAUUACUACUGUUUGUCCAUAUUGAAACUCCGUAGCCAGUAAACACUUUCUCAAAAUCGUCCAAAAUUAAUGAUAACUCAAGAAAUGUUUCAUUAAUUUUUACAUUUUUUUCUGAGGAGAUCUUAGUUGCUGAACUUUACAUCUAAAAUGUUUGGUGCAGUAUUUCUCAAGUGAAAUAAUUAGCAUGAAAACGAUUCAUCUCUAGUUGAAUGACAGCAAACAUGAAGCAUUAACAAUGACAGCAUUGAAGAAUCCCUACUGUUGACCAAUCACCGACGAAGGAGCGUAAAGUUUGGUUACCGACUUUGGCUUCCAUCUAAAAAUGUUUGUGUGCACGAACAGCCCAAAAAAACCUUGCCAAAGACCAAAAUAAAAGAAACAAGUCAUAACUGUUUCGAAUGGGAAGCCUGCAGACACCGUUACAGUUAGUGCAUUCAUCUUGAGAGACCUAGGUCAGACAACCAUAUAUCACAUUCAUAGUAAGUACAUUUUUCCUCAAAGAAGUUAUCAGCAAAUGUCAGUGCUAGUAGGAAAACACAAGUGCAUAAGCAUGAAUUAAAUGUCUUAUUUAAGAUACUUUUUGAAGAGGAAGUGUUUCAAACAUUUUUGGAAAAUUGGCAGGGACUCUGCUGUCCUGACGUUAGGGGGAAGCUUGUUCCAUCAUUGGGGUGCCAGAACAGAGAAGAGUUUUGACUGGACUGAGUGGGAGCCGACACCCCGUAGGUGUGGGAGGCCCAAGACACCAGAGGUGGCAGAGGUUCCCCUCUCUAAGGGAAUCUGGUCUAGGUGAUACAGUGUGCUGGUUACAGACAGGACUGAAACAGAGACGGCAGGGAAAGGUAUAAUAAAUCAAUUAUAUUGACUACAGUAUAUAUGUUCUCUGCAACGUCUUGGUAACAUAGGAACACUCUUUGACUUCAAUGACAUUUAUUUAAUCUAUGCCAAGACUGCAGUUGCAUUAUACUUGCAAAAUGUGAAGUUGUUUAGGUAUUUUUACAUUUACAUGUCCAUGUGUUUUAUGAUUUACUUGAUUAAUAUUAAUAUUAUACAAGUUAAGGAUUGUUCCAUUUCAGUGGGAAUUUCAAGGAUACAGGGUAAUUAUUUUCAUGUGUAUGUCUUUUUAUUUGCCAACGCAAAAUAUCAUGAAGAAACUUUACCUGAAAUAAAGAUAUCUGCACAAGCCUUGGUGUUGCUGCCAAAAGGA